AUUGCGCUUAUUUCUGACUAGUUACUUGCCCAAAGUGAGUCAAGGUCUCCGAAUUUCACACAAACAAGCCGAACAAUGGCUCUCUCUCAUGACUUGGGGACUCUCACCAAAGCUUUCUCAGGACUGGGAGUGGAUGAGAAGUCGUUGAUAUCAAUACUGGGAAAAUGGCAUCCAGAGCAGACCAAAUCAUUCAGAAAAGGUUCUUCGGAUUUCUUCGUUGAAGAUGAGCGUCUAUUCGAACGCUGGGAUGAUCACCGUCUCAAGCUUCUCAAGCAUGAAUUCUUGCGCUUUAAGAAUGCGGUGGUGCUGUGGACCAUGCAUCCAUGGGAGAGAGAUGCUCGUUCGAUUAAGGAAGCCUUGAAGAAGGGCCCACAGUCUUACGGUAUUAUUGUGGAGGUUGCAUGCAGCAGAUCAUCUGAAGAACUCUUGGGAGCUAGGAGAGCUUACCAUUCCCUCUUUGAUCACUCCAUUGAAGAAGAUGUGGCCCACCACAUCCAUGGCACUGAACGCAAGCUCUUGGUGGCAUUGGUGAGUGCCUAUAGAUAUGAAGGACAAAAGGUGAAGGACGACACUGCAAAAUCUGAGGCAAAGACACUCGCUAAUGCCUUUAAGAAUGCAGAUAACAAAAACCCCAUUGAAGACGAUGAGGUGGUAAGAAUACUAUCCACAAGGAGCAAGCCUCAUCUUCAGGAGGUCUAUAAAUAUUACAAGAAGCUUUAUAACAACAACAUUGAUGAGGAUCUUGAUGGUGAUUUGAGGUUAAAAGAAACAGUCCAAUGUCUAUGUGCUCCUCAUAAAUAUUUCAGCAAGGUAUUGGAAGCAGCAAUGAGAAAUGAUGCAGACAAGAGUACCAGCAAGGGACUCACAAGAGUAGUUGUUACUCGAGCCGAUACCGAUAUGAAAUUGAUCAAAGAAGAGUUCCAUAGUGAGUAUGGAGUUUCCCUAUCCAAGAAAAUUGAAGAUUCAGCUUAUGGAAACUAUAAGGAUUUUUUACUUACCUUGAUUGCAAGAGGAGACUAAUUGACAAUGCAUCAUAACGAAGUUUUAUAUACCAAUCGCCAUUGAGAUGUUCGAGCUUGUUUGGCUGUGGGUUAAAAACAACUGUUUUUAGUUUUUGAAAAGUAAGUAACAAAGUUUCAACUGCUUGACCAAGAAAGGAGCAUUAGUAGAGUUUCGGUCGAUUUGUUUUUUCUUUGUUAAUUGUUGCUGUUUCUUUCUGUUGCUAUUGUUCUUUUUAUUGUAAAAGUAUCUUGUUACCAUUGAGAACUAUAAUAAUAAAAGUGCUAAUUAAUUCGGCUUCUAAA